UGGUAUUAUUUUCCCCUCUUGAGCACCAACUUCUUAUAUUGUUGAGCGAGGAUGGAGUUCCUCGUUAAGUUUGUUUCGGUGGUUUUAUUGUUUGUGUCCAGUGUGUUGGGGGUGGAGAUUAUCAGUGUAGUAGAACAAUCGGUGUUUGGACAAGGGGACGAAUGCUAUGGCACCCACGUCGGCUUUGGCUAUUCUGGGACUCCCGAAUUUCACUACGAAUCUCUUUUAAGACGAUACCGAGGAUGUAAGCACGUGGAGGGAAAUCUAGAAAUCACCAACCUCCAGUCGGACCAAAUCUCGUACGACCUCUCUUUCCUGUCUACGAUCGAGGUAGUGACGGGAUACGUCCUGCUCGGUUUGCUGGACCUGGAGUCCAUUCCUCUCACCAACCUGAAAUUGAUUCGAGCAGACAACAUGUUUAACAUCAUGGGAGAGGACUAUGGCCUCGUGGUGGCUUUCACAGACGCCGCAGGGGAAAACAAAAACCGGGGACUGAGGGAACUUCAACUCCCAUCCCUCAAAGAGAUUUCAAGAGGGCGAGUUCUUUUCAUGCAGAAUCCGCUGCUGAAUUUUGUCAACACUAUUGCAUGGAACGUCAUAGUUCCAGGAGUAACCAACCCGGUCACGUACGGUGACAGUGCUUAUAACACGACAAGUCUUGAAGUAUGUGAUCCUGCCUGUGAAAACGGAAAUCAACGCUUUUGCUGGGGGCGAGGACCCAAGAUGUGUCAAAUUGUUCACUUCCCAAUAUGUGACGAGCUGUGCCCAGGUCGUUGCUAUGACAGCACAAUAGUCGGCUGUUGCCAUCCAGAAUGUGCCGUAGGAUGCACGGGCCCAAGCAAUUCCGAUUGUCUGAUGUGUAAAUACUUCAAAGCUGGUGAAGCAUGCGUAUCUAGCUGUCCGGGAGGAGUGUCCGUGCGUAAUGGACAGGACUGCCUGGAGAACUGAGACAUUGUCCAGAUGUGGAAUAGUUCGGACAUGUCUCUGUCCCAAAUUAGACUCAUGUGCACCGGGACGUUUUCUUUCUCAAAACUCAGUUUCCAUGCAUGCAUAGAGGCACUUACAUCCCUCGCUAAAUAUGAAACCCUUUAGUUUCUUUUACGCGUGUUUUUUGCGAGAUUAAUUUUCGAUGUUGUACAUUCCUCGUCUGACCAGAAAAAACAUUGAUUAUAUUAUUUUCAAAAUCAGGAAUAGAGUCGACAAGACAGUGUCCAACAUAUGUCAAAACCAAGGAGUUGACGCGUGUAUUUUUAAAAUGAUUUGCGAAAUAUUUGUAAAAUAUUUCUAUUUAUUAAAUCAGUGUGUAUUUAUAAUUGCAGUUCUUUAUACAGUAUUGCAAAAAAAAAAUCAUUUAUUUAUAUGAUCUGAUAUCAAUGCUGUAUUUUUAUUGAAAUAUACAUUUGAUAGUAGCUAUCGAUUAUGUUUGCAAUAAAUAUAUUUAGGUUCACCAAAACGGUCGAGAGUCCAAUGUAAUUUAUAUACAAUUCAAUUUUAAGCGUUGCUAUUAUUGAAUGAUUUGCAAAUUGAUCAUACAGAAAUAAAGUCUAUUCUAUAAAUUCA